AUGUCGACCUACGAAAGUGAGGACCCCCUGAGAACGCCUCACAUGAAAGCAGAGAGCGAAGCUAACCUUCAUCACCUUAAUCCAGUUGAACACAACACAACCGAUCCCUCAACGGCCCAGGUCCCACGUCGCCGUCGCCCCGAUCUCUCCACCUUCUUCUCUACCCUCUCCGAAAUCACUCCAGCUCCCGAUCACAGACCCCAUGCAGUUCCUGUCCCUGGUGAUGUGAGCGCCGCCUUCUACUCCCUCGCCGAGGCGCUGGACAUGAUGCGCCGGGAGACCGAUUCGACGAACACCGAAGCGCAACAGGACGGCACCGACAAUGACGGCUCGGAUAACGGGCGCGAUUUGUUGACCACAAUGAUCCAGUCGCUUCUCGCACAGGCGGAUACACCGCCACGGGAGGUGGAGGGUGUUUCGGAGGAAUACUGCGAUAUGCUCGACCGCGUCCCCAAAUCAUCACUCAAGCCCUCUGACAUCUGUCCCAUCUGCAAUAACCCCUUUCUGGAAGAUGAGUUCCCGCUCGUCGUGCGGUUGCCCUGCCACCCUACACACUGCUUUGAUUUGGAGUGCGUGCGGCCGUGGCUGCGACUCCGCGGGACAUGUCCGCUUGACCGCGUUGAUUUUACCAAGCAGCAGAGAGAGAAGGCGGAGGCUAAGAAGAAGCUUGUUGAGGAAGACGAGGAAGAGGAGUGGGAUGGCAUGUAUGGUUGA